AUUUAAUACUUUGAAAUGUGUUCUGUUGUCUCUUAUGGUCUUGUUUAAUGGUGCUGCAUCCUAAUUUGUACUAGGAAUCAAGUGUAUCAUUUAUAUGGAUGUUUUUUUCUCAGAAAGGUAACCAGAUAUUCUGGUUGAAGAGAAUAUCUAAAGUUUACGUUAGCCAUCCUUCAAAUGACAGAGAGAAAGCAGCCUUGCCAAGAGAUAACCAGAAGAACACCAACUCACCAAGUGUCUAGACAUUUUUCUCCUUUUCCUGGAGUCACGAUCAUAGUGCCUUUUCUGUUUUUUUUUUAAUUUAUUUGUUUGUUAUAUUAAAGUUUCCAGGUAUUGAAUGCUUCUAAUAGCAAGGAAAACUGAAAGCUCCCCAAAGAAGCUGGGAUAGUAAUACUACAUCAAUUUAGACCUAAGACAGAAUUUCUCCUGAGACCAAAGCUUGAUGAUAUCUAUAUAGUAGAAGUUCACUAAGGAAAUUAUUAGUGUACUUUAGAUUUCACAAAUGACAUUUAACCUACCUAUGACAACAGUCUGCUUUAAAGAAUGUCAGCAAGGGUAGCUAGGUGGCUCAGUGUGUAGAGCAUCAGGCCUAGGGACAGAAGGUCCUGGGUUCAAAUGUGGCCUCAGAUACCUCCCAACUGUGUAACUCUGGGAAAGUCACUUAACUUCAAUCACCUAGCCUUUACCACUCUUCUGCCUUGGAAUCAAUACUUAGUAUUGAUUCAAAGACAAAAGGUAAAGUUUGAAAUAAAAAAGAACAUACUGAAUUAAAAAAAAUGUUUAUUUAUUUAAUUAAUUUAGAAGAUUUUCCCAUGGCUACAUGAUUCAUGUUCUUUCCUCCCCUCCUCCUCCUCCUGUAGCCAAUGAGCAAUUCCACUGGCCAUACUGAAUUUUUGUGAAAACAUUUGUAAAAAUAGUAUGUUAAUUGUAGAUGAUCCUUAACUGUUUCUUAAAGCACUUUUAUAAAGUCUCUGUUGGCUAAUAUCUUUUUAACCCUCAGCUUGUGUGACCUUAAGGAUCAAUAACCUCUGAAGUCUCUGUUAGUUAUAGUACUCCAUGAUGCUAUUAUUCUUCUAAAAUAACUUCUAAUUCAGUUUAUUCAUUAAUUUUACAUGCCCUUCCCUUGCCCCUUAAUAAGUUCAAAUUAGUGAGGUGUUUUUUUUUUUUUACCAAUGAUUAUUAUCUAUUCAAAUUAUUGCUUGGAAGUGAUUUUUUUUUCCAAAUACUGAAUUGAGGCUAUUCUAGAAGCACAAGAUAGAUAUUUAAAAUUAUAGAAAUCUUAGUGACACCAAUUGUCAGUUUUGUGGUCUUGUUCCUGGAGGCAAUAAUAGUGAUAAAAACAGAAUUGACAAAGAUAGUGUGCUGUAGGAGAAAGUAUGUUAGAUUUCGAAUAAGAAGAAUGGGGUUUGAGUCUCAACUCUGACAUUUGCUAAGCCAUAGAACUGUGGCUAAAUCUCUUGGCCUGUUUUCUCAUCUGUAAAAUGAGGAUAAUACUGCUAGGUCAAUGUCUCUUUGGGAUGUUGUGUGUGGAAAGCAUUUUGUAAAGUGUCAAGUGUUGUGUCACAGAAUUUCAGAAUAGGAAGGGGUUAUCUUCAGGGCUUAUCUACCUAUAUCCAAACAGGAAUCCUUUCUAAGGAAUCCCUGAUAAGCUGCCAUCUUUUCUCUAAUGGAAGGCAAAUCACUAUCUCUGGAGCCUUCCCAAUCCAUUUGGGAAUAGCUCCCAUCAUGAGGAAAUUUUUCUUUACACAGACCCUAAAUCUACCUCUGUAAUUUCUUCCCAAUAGUAUAGGCUGAAAUUAUUUAUAAGUUAUUUUAUAAUUUAAGAGCAGCUAGGUGGCACAGAAGUUAAAAUUUGGUCUCAGAUACUUACUGUGUAGUCUGGGGUAAAUCACUUAACCCUGUUUGCCUCAGUUUCUUCAGAUAUAAAGUGAGCUGGAGAAAGAAAUAGCAAACCACUCUAGUAUCUUUGCCAAAAAAAUUCCAAAUGGGAUCUCAAAGUCAAAUGUGAUUGAAAUGACUGAAGAAUAAUUACAAUUUAAGUUAUAAUAUAAUUACAAUUAUAUAUGGAUUUACAUAUAUAUACCCACACAUAAACAUAUUUAUAUGUGUUGUCUUCUUUGCUAAUAAGUUGGGCACAGAUCCAUAUUGCAGGUGAGAAAACUGAGUCCCAGAAAGGAUAAAGAAUUUAUCCCAAAUGACAUAAUUUGUGUUAGAAUAUUCUGUCCAGUGAUCAGCUUGAAUGUGGCCAAUAGAAAAACUAAAAGAGCAAAAUAUGAAUAAUUAAUGACUUGAAAUUCUCUGGGUAGCUCUGGUUCUCUACAAUAGGUAGGCUGUAGGUAUCCUAUUACCUCUGGACGCUGCUGAAUACUUAGUAACAGUCCUGUUGCUUUGUAGCUUGGUUUGUUGUUAUGUUGCUUUGAGGCUCAGCUGAUAAGAGACUGCAGCCUUGUUCUAAACAUGCUCUUCUAUCUGUCACCCUUGAUAAGAAAUCACCAGUUCCUUAUGCCAGGCCUAUCAGCAUCUGUGGAAUAUCUUGCUAACGAAGGAGGCUUUAGAAGAAUGUUUCCAGGGACUUAUGGGACCUCAGCUUUCAAAUUCCAACCAAGGAGGGAGAGUGUGGAUUGGAGGCGUUUAAGUGCUAUUGAUGUGGAUCGGGUAGCUCAGGAGCUGGAUGUGACCACUUUACAGGACCAUAUCACUGGCGUAACUUACUGCAAUCUGGACUCUGAGAGAUGUGCCUAUUGUCAGCAGCCUGUGGAUCCGGUGCUCCUCAAAGUUCUCAAGAUGGCCCAGCUCAUCAUUGAGUAUUUGUUGCAUUCCCAAGACUACUUGAGUGCCAAUAUAAUUUCUUUAGAGGAGAAACUCCAGUCUACUUUGGAACAGCAGGAACAGACCAAACAGAAACUGGACAAGCAGGCAGAGGAACUGAAGGGGGUAAAGGAGGAGAGCCGGAGGAGGAAGAAGAUGCUCAGUAUGCAGCAGCUACUGAUCCAGGCUGGGGCCAACAACUAUCACAAGUGCCAUUUAUGUGACAAGGCUUUCAUGAACAACUCUUAUCUUCAAGGCCAUAUCCAGCGAAGACAUGCUGAAGUUAAACAAUCUGAAAGACAGAAGCAACAAAUGCAACAGAUGGAGGAUGGAAUAGAAGAACUGAAGGCAAAGCUGAAGGGGACCCAGGCUCAACUGGAGGCUGAGAGGGAGGCUGAGAGGCAACGACAGAUGCAGGAAGCAGAGAAUAUUCACCUAAGGGAAAUAGAGGCAAAGAAGGAAUUAGAGAAAUGGAAAGAGGAGGAAAGGAAGAAGCUUUACCAGGAAAUAGACAAUUUAAAGCAAUUGCUUCUAAAUGAAUUUAAGAGUGUUACCAGCCAGAAUUCUAUCCUAGAAGAAAAACUCCAAGCUUUGCAAACCCACACUGUAGUGGAAUCCUUUCUUGGAACACUGAAGGAUGAUGAUUCUGAAGACCGACAAAAACAAGCAAAGGAGGUACAAGACAUGAAGGAGAAGCUUGAACAUCAGAAAUUAACAUGGAAAAGAAAGCUUAAGGAUCUGCAGGAAGAACAUCUGGCAGAAAAGAAAAGGUUGAAGGAUGAGAAUGAGAGGCUCCGAGUUUCCCUAUCUCAGGAUCAACGCAAAGCUGCAGACCAUUUUCAGCGCCAAAUGGAUUCACUCAGUGCCAAGUGCCAAGAGCAGGCCAAUAUCAUUAAGUCCCAGGAAGAAAUGAUUAAAAGGAUGACUUUCAGAGAGGAGGAAGUGAUCCACCAAAUAGCAAAGGCAGAAGAAACAGAAGAUUCUACACAAGAAGAGUUGGAGGACUCCUUAGAUGGAAAGCAGAAGGUGCUGGAAGUGCUGAGAAGGAACCCUAACUUACUGAAGCAAUUCCGACCAAUUUUAGAAGAUACUCUGGAAGAAAAACUAGAAAGUAUAGGACUAAAAAGGGGUACAAAGGGAAUUUCUGAUCAGACUUACAGAAAUCUGGAAGUAAUGUUAAAAGCCCACCGAGAACAGAAGUCCAAGAGGUUUUCUGAAUUCUUGAAACUAAGGGACAAGCUUAUUAAGGAGGUUGCUCAAAAAAUUGGUCAAAGGCAGCAGAAUGAUAGCAUGUUGUUACAGCCUGUUAAUAUGGGCACAGUCAAAAGUCAGAGGAGCCCACUGCCUAGAAGAGAAGUUCAGCAGAAAUCCAAAACACUUCGAGUGGAAUCACAGCUCCAACAAACAGCAUCACCUAUGCCCCAAACACCUCAGAGCCAAGUCAACCACAGCCCUGCCCCACCAGUGAUACCAGUUCCAACUCCACGAAGCAAAGUUCCUGGGCCCCCUGGAGCUCGGGCUUCCCCUGGGCCUGGGCUGAGCACCCCACCUUUCACAUCUGAAGAUGAUUCAGAAGGAGAUCAUAUUUCCCGUCCAAAUCUUCAAGCCCCUUCUAGAGUGGCUGUUAGAGAUGACAAUGAUUGGGAUUGGUCUGAUACUGAAACCUCUGAUGAGAAAGUCCCUAAACCCAUGGAAAGUCCUGGUGGAGUAACUUCCACAGGAACUCGAGUCCAGUCAUUGGCCAAAACUCUAGAAAAACAGUUAAUUGCUCCUGGAAAGAAGCCUGCUGGAGGAGUGAGUGUUUUCUUAGCCUCAGAUGUUGGACCAUCUAAAACAACCAUCUCAGUAAAGAAGCCACAGUUUUCCGAAGAUGACAGUGACUUAGAUAUUUCCUCAUUGGAAGAGAUUCUUCAGGAUUUAGAUGUCAUUGAAAAGAAAAAAAAGCCACAGCACCUGUCCAGGUCUCAACCAGUUGAGAAACUUGGUAGGAUUUCCACAGAUUCUCAGAGCAUCAGUGUCUGGAGUUCGAGUAGCGCCCGGGUUAUGGGCUGGUGAUUGGCAAAGACAUGACUCCCAAACUGUGGGAAGACAAUGUCAUCCAAGGGUCUCCUUCCCAACAGCAGUAAGGCAUGUCCACUUUAUACACCUUACCCUUUCUGUCACACACUUUACCUUUCUUUGUGGGCAUCUUUCUUUAUGCAUCACUUCCAUUUCAAUACAAUUAAAUAAACAUUUAUCAAGCACCUAUUAUGUGUCAAAUGCUAUUAUAAGCCAUGGAGAUAAAUUAAUUAAAAGAAAGACAGUUCCUUCCCUAAAGGAGCAUACAAUCUAAUAAAUUUUCUUAAUUCA